GAUACGUUUUUGCCUCUGCCGCGUUCAGAGUCAGAGUCGGAUUUAUCGUCUGGGUCUGGGUCUGAAAAAGAUCUUGGAUCUUGGUCUCGGUUUUCGGUUUUCCGUUUUCGGUUUCGUUUGUGUGAUUCGGUUUCAGUUUCAGUUCGUUGGCGCGUUAGCACGGAUCCAGUCGUGUGCACGGCUAAAAUCACACAACUGAAAAUCAAAUAAAAAAUAUAUAUAUUGAUAUAUUAACCCAUUUUGGUGGCCAAGAUAGGCUCGUCGGUUUGCUAUUCGGGUCAAUGCUGUGCUCUGCAUUGCCAACGUUAUGCUAAUUACCGAAAGGAUACAAAUCAUAGCAUACAUCAUCGGUUACAAUCUCUUUGGCAAGACUCCGUCGCACUGCUGGUGACCAAAUCCUCGUCCGGUGCCCCACCCGCCAAAUAAGCGCUAGAAAUAAAGAGAUACAUAGCCAGGAGAAUAUACAUAACAUAUAUUUAUUUAAUAUAUCAAUCAACAAAUUCGCAAAACGUGCCAAAUAUAAUUUAAAUCUAUUUAUUUUGUAUAACAAAGAGCUAAUAAGUCUAAACUAUAUAAAUUAGUAAGUCGUUUAAUUUAAAUCCUCAUAAAAAGCCACAACAAAGAAAGUUUGCCGCAGGAGCAGCCAUUGGCUUCAUCAUGAAGAAGCCUCAAAUGCUGUUUAGUUUAAUUUUAUGGUGCCUUUGUGCUCCCAGUCUGACACUCCGUAUCCCCGAGGACCUUGAGAAUGCAGCCAUUAAUGCCCUGAGCUCCGAACGUGCCCGUUCCCUGACCCAGUGUGGAUCCUCCGAAGAAGGAGAGGGCACUGUUGCCGGUGAUUAUGAUGUUUGCCCGCCGAGCAAGUACCGCCAGCCCACUGCUGAGUGCAACAAUGUUUCCCAUCGCAAGUGGGGAGCUCGUGGAGAUAUCUUCCAGCGUUUGCUGGUGGCUGAUUAUGCCGAUGGUGUUAGCCAGCCAAGGACAUCCAAGGGAACUCAUGCUCUACCCGAUGCCGAACUGGUAAUCGAACAUCUGCAACGCCAUGUGGAGGGUGAACUGCGUCAUGCCCAUAUAACUGCCAUGCUUCCUGCUUGGGGUCAAUUGCUGGCCAAUGACCUGGUCGAGGUCGGACAGCUGCCCAUCUCCGGAAAGUGCUGCGAACGUGAUUCCGCCGUCAAGGAUCCCAGCGAGCUCCAGCAGUGCUUCGUUCGAGCGGGACCCGAUUGCAAAGAGUACAAGCGAUCGGCUCCAGGUUUCGAUGCAGAGGCGUGCCAGAAACACACUCGCCAGCAGAUGAACAUUGCAUCGGCCUACAUUGAUGGGUCUGGACUUUAUGGAUCUACUCGCCAUGAAUUCGACCAGCUGCGCACCUAUAUCAGUGGUGGAGUCAAGGUGGAGUCCUGCAAGUUCUGCCAGGUGGCCGGAGCCACGGGAGCUCUACAUCGUGCUCUUUUGCAGCAGCACAACAACAUUGGCGAACAAUUGUCGCAUAUCAAUCCCGAUUGGUCCGAGGAGGAUGUUUUCCUGGAGGCCAGACGCAUCAUUACGGCCACCAUUCAGCACAUCACCUACAAUGAGUUCUUGCCUUUGGUUCUGGGACAGGAGACGACUGCUAAGGAAGGUCUCCGACUGACUGCCGAGAAGCACUCGAGCAACUACUCCAGCUCUGUGAGGGGAGGAAUCUACAAUGAGUUCGCCACCGCAGCCAUGCCCGCCUUCUGGAGUAUGUAUCCCCCAGAGAUGCUGUCCAAGAAGAUGUCCGCCCAUGAGUUAUUGUCCAUUGCUGCUCUGCAAAAGUCCCUGGUUCCCAGUCAAACGAAUGCCGAAGGUUGGUCCGAGUUGGCUUUGGCCGUUCAUCGUGGACGUGACCAUGGAGUGGCUUCUUACGUCCAUGCCCUCGAUCUCUGCGAGCGUCGAUUUGCCGAUCAAGGUGCUGCCAAUGUGAGCUUCGAUACUUUGGGCCAGGUGUCCAACAUUCCCGAGGAGUACAUCACCAAUCUGCGUGACAUUUACCAAAACGCUGAGGAUGUCGAUUUGUUGGUGGGCGCCCUGCUAGAAGAGCCUGCGGUUGGAGCUCUCUUUGGACCCACAAUUAGCUGCCUGCUCACCCUCCAGUUCGAGCAACUGAAGCAGACCGAUCGUUUCUGGUACGAGAACGAAAUCCCUCCAUCUUCCUUCACCCUGGACCAGCUGAAGAGCAUUCGCCAGACAUCUCUAUCUGGUUUACUGUGCGGAUCCCAUCAAGUAAGCACAGCCCAGUCCAAGGCCUUCAUUCUAGAAGACAACUACCUGAACUCGAUAUUGGACUGCGACCAGCUACCCAAGUUUGAUCUUAAGCCUUGGCAAGUAAACCCUGAGGACGAAGUGCAUGUGGAGCACGUGGAAGUUGAGCCAGCGACCAAGGAAGCCAUUGCUGAGCUGAGUCCCGAACUUAUUGAGGCUGCCGUUGAACGUGCCAAGCAGGAAUUGGAAGAACGCAAGCGAUUCGAAUACGAAGUGUGGCGUACAAAGGGUGGUAUCAGUGCCCGCUCCCCCGAUGGUACGGCUGCCUCCUUCAGCAAAGCUAACCUGGCGGCCCUUAACCUGGCUAACUCUUCGUUGAUCUUCGAGCUGACCUCCAAUGAAAUUGUGAAGACCCUCAACCAUAUUACCCGACGCAAGCGUCAGAUCUUCAACCCCAACCAGAAUGCUUUUAAUCGUAAUGAGCUGACCGAUACCCUGCAAACGGUGGACAUUAGUGGACUGCUUGGUGGUGCCCAGAAGGCGCUGGAUGAGUGCCCGGAACCCAACCAACAAUGCGAUGCGAACUCACCAUUCCGAACAAUGUCCGGAAGGUGCAACAAUCUGCGUAACCCCAACUGGGGCAAGUCACUGACCACUUUCUCCCGCCUGCUGCCCGCUCAGUAUGAGGAUGGUAUCUCGGCACCCAGAAUUACUGGAGUGUCAGGAACCCCAUUGCCCAAUCCCAGAACUAUUUCUACCACAAUCCAUCCUGAUAUUUCCAACCUGCACACUCGCUACUCUUUGAUGGUGAUGCAGUUCGCCCAGUUUGUCGAUCACGAUUUGACUUUGACCCCAAUCCAUAAGGGAUUCCACGAGUCCAUCCCCAGUUGCCGACCUUGCAACUCCCGCCAGACAGUGCAUCCUGAAUGUAAUCCAUUCCCAGUGCCCGCUGGCGAUUUCUACUAUCCCGAGGUGAAUGUUACCAGUGGUGAGCGCUUCUGUUUCCCCUCGAUGAGAUCUCUGCCUGGACAGCAAUCGCUGGGACCUCGUGACCAAAUCAACCAGAACACUCACUUCUUAGAUGGCUCCAUGGUUUAUGGAGAGACCAUCUGUCUAUCGAGCAAGCUGAGAGGAUUCUCUGGGCGCAUGAACAGCACUCAAUUAAGAGGCAAGGAACUUCUACCUUUGGGACCUCAUCCUGAGUGCAAAUCUCGCAACGGUCUAUGCUUCCUUGGAGGCGAUGACCGUGCUUCCGAGCAGCCAGGUCUUACUGCUAUCCACACCGCCUUCUUGCGUGAACAUAACCGGAUUGUUGAGGGCCUGCGUGGAGUAAACCCCCACUGGAACGGAGAGCAGCUCUUCCAUCAUGCCCGUAAAAUUGUCAGUGCCCAAGUGCAACAUACCGUGUUCAAUGAGUUCCUGCCCCGCAUUCUCAGCUGGAAUGCCGUCAAUCUGUAUGGCCUGAAGCUCCUGCCCCAGGGAUACUACAAGGACUACAACCCAUCCUGCUCUCCGAUUGUCUUUAACGAAUUUGCGGCUGCUGCCUUCCGAAUCGGUCAUUCCCUGCUGCGUCCCCAUAUUCCUCGCUUGAGUGUCCAGCAUCAGCCUGUGGAGCCUCCACUACUUCUGCGUGAUGGUUUCUUCCGUAUGGAUAAUCUCCUGCAGCCUGGAAUUAUUGACGAAAUUCUACGUGGUCUGGUGGCUACACCAAUGGAGACCCUGGAUCAGUUCAUCACCGGUGAGGUCACCAAUCAUUUGUUCGAGGACCGUAAGAUUCCCUUCUCCGGAAUCGAUUUGAUCGCUCUGAAUAUUCAGCGAGCUCGUGAUCAUGGAAUCCCCUCGUACAACAACUACCGUGCCCUUUGCAACUUAAAACGUGCCACCAACUGGAACGACUUGAGCCGCGAGAUUCCCACUGAGGUGAUCAACCGUUUCCAGAAGGUCUAUGCCAGCGUUGAUGACAUUGAUCUCUUCCCUGGUGCCAUGACUGAGCGUCCUCUUCAGGGUGGUCUGGUUGGACCCACUUUGGCCUGCAUCAUUGGCAUCCAGUUCAGGCAGCUGCGCAAAUGCGAUCGUUUCUGGUACGAGAACCAGAAUCCGGAGGUCAAGUUCACGGAAGCUCAGCUGGCUGAGAUCCGUAAGGUGACGCUGGCCAAGAUCGUGUGCGAGAACCUGGAGAUCACCGGAGACAUGCAGCGCGCUGCCUUCGAUUUGCCCAGCAACUUCCUAAACCCACGUGUGCCUUGUGCAUCAAUGCCCCAGAUUGACUUGAACGCCUGGCGCGAAAAUGUCCAGGGCUGUCAGAUUGGCAACCGAAAUGUCCGUGUUGGCGAGUCCGCCUUCCCAUCGCCUUGCACCAGUUGCGUCUGUUCUGCAGAGGGGGCUCAGUGUGCCUCUCUGCGCAUCACCGAUUGCGGUCAACUGAUCCGCCAGUGGCCCAAAGAGGCUAUUCUGCGCGACGAGGUUUGUAACUCGCAGUGCGGUAUUUAUCUGACUGGUCAGCAGGCCAGUGGCUUCAAUCCACAACAGCGACAGGGUCAAGCUCAGCCACGUGUGACCCGAUCCCGCAACCAGAACCUCUUCAAGUUCCCUGACCUUACGCCCUUCAUUGCUUCCCUCUAAGAAUUGAGGAUGGCGAUGCAACUAGGAGUAAGCGAAAGCGAUAAACAAUGACAUUUUGUACAUAACUUGUGCGUUUGUACAUAAGAUUCUUUGUUGUUUGCUUACCUAAAGACUUGUCCAAUGCAUUAGCGAGAUCUAUAUAUACUCGCCUGUUCUGUACGUCGAAAGAUACAAAACACUCGGCCCCAUCAUCAGACACUUGCUAUUCGAAGUGUCCUAGUUAUAUCCUAAUUAAAAUUAAACCAUAACUAUUAACAAAUUAUAAUAAACACUUAUUGUGAGUGAAA